GUAUCUUAUACCUAUACGAAACAACACGCAAGAUACCAUUUCCUUCUGAUACCCACAAAUGGCACAAAUACAAACCGAACCCCCCUUUCUCCACCUCUUCACAUCUGCCCCUCCACCGAACCGCCAUUAACCUAGACCCAAUCUCUACAUAUCGUGCCUCUCAGACCUCAGCACCAUACUUCUCUUUACCUAUCGUCAUUUGUGUCUAUUCCUCUGUUUGUUCAUCAAUCCACUGAUUGCUUAUCUAGUAGAAGAGAAAAUAAUACUAUUAUCUCUUCCUUUUGGGUUUAUCCAUCUAAUUCACCUCUUUUUUUAAUCCAUCUGUGUAUCUUUUUGAUCUGAAAUCUCAGGGUACUGGAGAUUCUAUGCACAUCUAUUGAUACUCUUUUGUGCGGGAGAUUGUGUCGAUAACUCCAGCUUCACUAUUAGUAUUUGUAGCAUCAAGUCAUUUGCAUUGACUUUCAACAUCAAGAGCCUAACAAUGGAGGGAAUUGUGCAUUCAACCAUAACCUUUGAGCAUUGAUUACCCAUACUAAGAAGAUAUAGAGGAAGAGGAAGUAUUAAUAGCUGCACCGGAGUAAUGUAGGAUUAUGUUUCUGCAUGGCUAACAUAUGGUUUACACCACUACAUAUUGUCUCUUCUAGGGUGCUAUUUUUCAUCAUUGAGGGUCUUAGAUUGCAAUUUCAACUUGAAGUUCUGUUUCCCCCCCUGUUGUUAUAUAUGGGCUGAGGUAUAUAUUUAUGGGACGUGCAGAGGAUGAUGAACCACCAUCAAAACGCGUGAAAGUAUCCUCCAGAAAACUGGGAGAUCUUUCAAAGAGUACACUUCUGAGUGAUCCUGCAAGUUGCUCACUGAAUGACUUGAUGGCUCGCCCCCUGGUUUGUCAAGGGGACGAUGAGGUCGUUGGUGCAAAAGGGGUUGUUAAGAAAGUUGAGUUUGUGCGAAUCAUGGCAGAGGCAUUAUAUUCUCUUGGUUAUAACAAAGCUGGUGCACGUCUAGAAGAAGAGUCCGGGAUACCUUUGCAAUCUGCUGUAGUAAAGUUAUUUAUGCAGCAAAUCCUUGAUGGUAAAUGGGACGAAAGUGUAGCCACUUUACAUAAAAUUGGUACAAUGGAUGAAAAUAUUGUUAAAUCGGCAUCCUUUGUGAUAUUGGAACAGAAGUUUUUUGAACUGUUGGAUGGAAAAAAUGUCAUGGAUGCUUUAAAGACAUUGAGGACUGAGAUUGGACCUCUUUUCAUAAAGAAUGAUAGAGUCCGCGAGCUUUCUUUGUGCAUUUUAUCACCUUCACAGCGGGUUCUUGCUGGGAUGUCUGGGAUGUCAGGUCAAGAUGUUGUUAGAGCAAAGUCACGAACAAAGCUCCUAGAGGAAUUGCAAAAAUUACUUCCCCCCACAGUCAUUCUUCGUGAACAAAGAUUGGUACAUCUCGUCGAACAGGCUCUUGACAUGCAACGAGAUGCUUGUAGGUUUCACAACUCUUUGGUAGGUGAGAUGUCCUUGCUCUCUGAUCAUCAGUGCGGAAGAGAUCAGAUUCCAUCUCAAACUUCACAGAUAUUACAAGAUCACAGUGAUGAAGUAUGGUUCUUACAAUUCUCCCAUGACGGAAAAUACUUAGCCUCGUCAGCUGCUGAUUGUUUAGUGAUAAUAUGGGAGGUGAAAUUGGAUGGUUUGUUCUGCGUGAAGCACCGGUUUUAUGGACACCAGAAACCUGUCUCCUAUAUGUCAUGGAGUCCUGAUGACCAUCAACUUCUCACCUGUGGAGUAGAGGAAGUUGUCAGACAGUGGGAUGUUGAAUCAGGUGAUUGUAUACAUAUUUAUGAGAAACAUGGUCUUGGCUUAAUCUCGUGUGGAUGGGCUCCUGAUGGAAACAGGAUAUUAUGCGGAGUUACAGACAAAAGCAUUAGCAUGUGGGAUCUGGAAGGGAAAGAGUUGGAGUGUUGGAAAGGCCAUCGGACUAUUAGAAUAUCGGACUUGGGGAUAACUAGUGAUGGGAAGCAUGUAGUCUCUGUUUGUAAAGAUAAUAUGAUACUAUUAUUUGGAUGGGAAUCAAAAGCAGAGAAAGUAAUUCAGGAGGAUCAAACAAUAACUUCAUUUGUAUUGUCCACAGACAACAAGUAUUUAUUGGUUAGCCUUUGGAAUCAAGAAAUCCAUCUGUGGGAUAUAGAGGGAACUGUAAAACUCAUCUCCAAAUAUAAUGGGCAUAAACGGUCACGCUUUGUCGUAAGAUCUUGCUUUGGCGGACUGGAUCAAGCAUUUAUUGCCAGUGGAAGUGAGGACUCACAGGUUUAUAUAUGGCACAAAAGCUCAGGAGAACUUGUUGAGACGUUGGCUGGACACUCUGGAACAGUCAACUGUGUUAGCUGGAACCCAGCAGAUCCUCAUAUGUUGGCAUCUGCUAGUGAUGAUCAUACAAUUCGCAUAUGGGGCUUGAAUCAAGUAAACAUGAAACACAAUGACACAGUUAGUAAUGGUGUACAUUACUGCAAUGGGGGAUCCCGCUUAGAAGUCUUGAAGGCAAACUAGGGUAAUGUAAAGUUAACUAGAUCCCUGUUCUUAACCAUUUCUUUCUGUAGAUUCUUUUAUAUCAAUGUCAAGCUAACAUUUAUGACAAGCAGGAACGUGGAAUUUACGUUCAAGUCCACCAAUAAAUUGUGCACUCUAGUUCCUUUAUUGAUUUCUUGUGUUAUUA